AUGUUAGUCUUGCUCUUAAAUAGGAACAUAAAAAAGAUAACAAUCAUUAGAUUUAGCAGAUUCAUUUGUUGGAGAUAAUUAUUUGGAUAAGACAUUUAUAAUUAAAACUUAUCAAAGACUUCAAUAAACCAGUUUGACACUGCGAGACUUAUGGAGAGAUCUUAAACUGUUUAUAACAAAAAUACUCAAUCAGUUUUCGAAACAGAUAUAAGAUUAAUAAAUAGAUCAUACACUGUAAAGGCAGAAUAUAAAUCUGAUGUCAUAUUAAAUAGCUUAAAUAUUCAGAGUUACAGAAAAGCUCCUAAAUUCUAGGAUUGUAGUAUAUUUUAAAUUGAAGAGUCAAGGGAUUAAUCUAAUUUGACCAUAAUAAAUGGAAAAGCAGAAGUAAAAGUGUUUAACUCUACUGAUCUUAAAGAAAUUCAAUAAUUAUCGAAUAUUAAUAACUCUGUAACAGAAUCAAUUAAAUAUUCAUCACAUAACAAUCUUCUCAUUACUGGUGGUUAAGAUAAAUCUGUCAUUGUUUAUUAAUAUGACAAUAAUUAGUAAUAUAAAUCUAAAACAAAGCUCUUAGGUCAUGUUUAAACAGUCAAAGCUGUUCAGUUUCAUAAAAUUACAAAUGAUACAAAAAUUAUUUCUGGUUCUUUUGAUUAAACUAUUAGAAUUUGGGAUAUUUAAGCAGAAGCUCAGUCUUUGUUUGUGAGAGUUGGCUCUAAAGUUAACACAGUUGAUUCUUUUCAAUUCAAUUAAUAAAUCAUAUGCGGUCACAAUGACGGCUCAAUCAAAUUAAUAUAAGAUAAAUAGAUUAUAAAUACAAUAUAUUUAGAUAGGUGUCCUAGUGUCACUCACGUUUAGGUAAGCUAAAACGAAAAUUAUGCAUUAGCAGCUAAUUAAGAUGGUGAAGAAAUAACUUUAAUAGACCUACGUAUGUUUAAAAUAUUGCAAACUUUCUAGAAUAUUAACUAUUUAAAUUCAAGUAGCUAUAACAAACCAACAUUCGCAUUUAAUGAUAAAUGCAUUGUGGCUGGUUCUAACGAUGGAGAUAUAUAUAUAUGGUCAAUAGAUGAUAAAUUAUGCCCUCCAAGCGUUAUUUAAACAGAAAAAAAUGCAACAAUACAUUGUUCCUUAUAUAGCAGUUUUUCAUAAAAACUUUUUACAACAGAUAGCAAAGGAAAUUUAAAUAUAUGGAAGUAUGGAUGA